AUGAGAGGUCAAUACGCAAGGCUUUGUGUGGAAAUUCCUUUGGAUCUUUCAGUGCAACCAUUUAUCUAUAUUGAUACACACAAGCAGUAUAUUCACUAUGAAGGUGAAAAUCUACUUUGCAUGAAAUGUGAAAGAUUGGGGCACACCUCUCCUAUAUGCAAAUUUAUCCAACAAAAUACGAAAGUAAACUCAUGCCCAGAAAAUGCUACACCAAGUUUGAUCAAGGAGAAACAAGAAGGUGAAUGGAAAACUGUCAUCAUCAACAAAGGUAAGAGGCAGCAUGUCAAAAACAAUCCAUCCAAUAACCUCAUUCCAGAGGAUAAACUUCAAGGCCCAGGACCAAGACUACCAACCACUUUCGUAGAUGGAAAUGGGGCUAAUGGGACAUGCAAUAUCCUUCAACAUCCAAGUAAAUGGCCUGGAGGCAAUAGUAAUCCUUCACCACACUCAAUAUCUAGCACAAAUAAUAACGGAGGGGAUGGGUUUGGCAAUGAGCAACUACUUGAACCAAAUUUGGCUCAACAACAUCCUCCAACCUCUAGCACCAUCGUUGAAUCCAAACCUAGUUCAUGCAAUGAUACACCAGUGGAACAUGCCACCUCACUUCAACCUAAUAAACCCACAGAAUGCCCUCUCAGACAUUCCCUUCUUCCCAUCAGAGAUACUAACUCAUCUGAAUCCCAUCUUCAUGCCUUGGGAAAUCAACCACCAACCACAGAAUCAACCACUCAACCUAGAGAACCCUCAUGCAUCACCACCUCACCCACAUGA